CGCGCCCUCCCUCCCCCAAAACGAGGCACCCUCACGAGCCUCCUCCUUCUUCUCCAACAUCUCCAACACGACUGUGAAGCAGGUGUCAAGCAGUUGUUGACGAUUCUACGCACGCCUUGCUCACGCAUACGUUACUCUUAGCCUGUAACAUAAUCAGUCUCAGCUCCAAAAAGCCGUCAAUCUACGACCACGCACUCCUUGUCUACUUCGUUUCUAGACUACCGCAACCAUGCCUUACAACACCCGACGCAAAUCCCUCUCCUUGCCCUCGCUCGGCAUCCACGUCCCGGUCUCCAAAGACUCAAGAGCCGCCGCUGCCGCAGGCAAAGCCUCAAAAGAACAAAAGGACUCUUCUCACACCAGCUCCCACACACGAUCAAACACAGCAGCAAACAUGGCCUCGCCUACUCCUUCAAAUACAAGCAGCUCGAAAGCGGAGUCUACCUCCUCCAAGAAGCUCAAGCGCACCCACAGCGCUGUCGAGACCGAGGGCCGCGCGCAUCCGUCCGAACCCCAACAGAAGAAGCGUGAGGAGCGCGAGACUGUCAGGUUUCAAAACACACCCCCUCCCUCCCCCGGCGAGGCGCGCCAAUCUGUCGAGUGCGACGAUCCUCCUAGGCCAAUUGACUUUGAGGCUAUCAAUGAUGACAUCGUCGAAGCCGUUAUCGUCCAGCUCCAAAAUACCGGCAACAGGCCGCACUUGGUCAAGGAGCUUGCCGCAGUCUUGAUGCAGCAGUUGAAGAUUGUUCAACAAUCUGCCAACCCAUGUGCCAUCGUUUCGUCUCGCUUGUCUACAUUCCUCAAGAGGACGUGCUGGAACGUCUCGUCUCCGUGCCCAAUUGCCAAGGAGCUCGAGUCUGUUCACCCGCGCCGCACAUAUUUCUAUCUUACCACAUGCCCCCACCAGCCGCUCCCCGACCCGGCUCAGGCGGCUGCGCUAAAUCUUGCCUCGCGCGCUAUCAUCUCGCCUAGCAUCUCAAGCGCCGCAUCAGGGACCGAUGAGUCCGACCUGGACCGACGACGUGAGCUUAGCCCCAGCCCCGAGGUGGAUCUCUCGAGCCCCGAGUUUGACGACAUGGAGGACGACGUCCCCAUGCCCAGCACACCAAUUGGCUCAUUCUCCACACGCUACUGCUUGUCCGGGGCCCACUCCUCGAACAACAGUCAGAACGGCCGCAAUCACCGCGCCGUCUCUCCUCCGCUUGAGAAGGACGAAAAAGAGUUCACACAGACAGCUACUGGCCUCCAAAAACGGAAACUCAACGGUGAACUCUCCGCGUCUUCCCCUGUGAACACCGCUAUGGACAUUGACUAUUGCCCCAAGGAUGACAAUGUGUUGUUCGGUGAGCGGACCUCGUAUCUUACGAGUCCUGCGAUGAAGCCAUCCUCGACCAUGAUGUCCUUGAACUACGGCCGUAAGGAAUUGGGCGGUACGAGUGAGUCCGAGAGCUGGCGCAAGCUCGAUGCGAUGCUCGAGUGGGAUCGCAACCCAGAGAACAUUGAGCUCGAUGAGCUUGAUUGCCUCCUGGAUGAUUUCUAAAUCUCCUUUUUCCCACACCAUCUUUCUCAUGACUAUUUCUUUACGACUGAAGUCGGGAUUUCUGGGCAACUUCCAAGUCUCGGAAGUCAAGCUAUGUGGUGCAACAGCGCAACGUGUGUAUGAUUGAAGCAAGU